AUGCAGCUCCAGGUGAAACAGUCUAGAUCUGGCCAGAACGGUCCAUGUUCUACGCGGUCUAUGACAAGAUCUCGAGCUUGGAAUGAGUCGGCUGUCUCCACCCGCUCCAAAAGGCAAAAGGUCACACAUGUCGCUUCACGUGGUCAAUCAGAGGCAGACGAGAUUGUAAUGGAUCCUGCUUUCUCGACCCUUCUUGGCAGUUAUCAUACGCCAGUCGGAAUUUGUAGAACAGCAUCAGCCCGAGGUCACUUAACUGAGAGUUCUGGCGAGUCUUCAGGGUUUUCUGCAAAGAUGGCCGAACACGUCAUGACUCCGAUCGCGAUACCAAAGAACGAGCUAAAGAACGAGGAGUUUAUCGUGAACGCGAGCUUAUGA